GAAAACAUAACCCGUUUUGAGAAAAUCAGUUUGAAUUACCGCCAUCCUAGGGAAUUCAAGUUUGGGUUGGCAAUAACGUAAGAUGGCGUCUGAGAAACCCGGGAGCGUUGAACAAGAGCAAGCUCAUGUUCUGAAGGAACUAGAAGCUAGUUUGUAUAGCAUGGAAAUUUUAGAUCGUGCUUCACCUGAAUUAUGGCCUGAAAAAAUUCCAGGAAUGUCCGAGUAUGUGAACGGUCUUACUCCAGUCAGGACAACAAAACUUCCAUAUUCGAAGGAAAUGAAUCAAGAGGAUCAAAAUUAUAUGCACCAAUUGGCGUCUUUGCCAACUGCAGAACUAAUAACAAAGGUGAAGCAAUUGCAUGAUAUUGCUUAUCAGCUGGGUGUAGAAGAGAAGAAUGAAGUUACUAGAGGAAAAUAUCUAAAUUUGUUCAAUAAGAAACGGUCAAAAAGUUGAAUCAGAAAUUAAGAAAUGAUUCUACAGAUGACUGGAAUGAAUACAAUUAUGAGAUACUCAGUUUCAUAUUUGAAAUCGUAAAAAUUGUUCACGAGUGGAUUCAGAAAUGGACAAUACUAUGACUCUUGUGAAUGUUUGUAAGUUUAGGAUUUUUCAAAUCAACUUUUGUUAUCAUUGUUCUUCCAUUUUUCUUACCAAAGCUCUUUUCAACUAUCCACUUCAAAUAAUUUAUGAAACUGUUGUUCUCGUUCAAACUCAAAUGAAUGGUGAUAUUAACAUAGGCUUAAAUUCUUAUAAAUUGAGUCCUUUGAGAGGUUUAUAUUUAUGUUAUUUAAUAAUUAGAUUUGGACUUUCUAUUCUAUUCUGAUUGUAGUGAUACUCAUAUAAUAAAAUUUAUUCAAACAA